AUGUUAACAACACUUGUCAAUUUUGCUUUUAUAGUCAACGCCGAAGAAGGCGUCAAAUGUCACCGCAAUAAAGACCUGGGCGACCGUCCUGCGAACGUCUAUUACUGUAAAGACAUCGAGAAAAGCCAAUGUUGCCAUCUGGGCGGCUCUUCAUAUGGUUGUUGUGUACCUCACCUAACAAAAGAAAUCAAGGACCAAAUCCGCCUGUGGGGGUCAAUUAUCCUCAUCAUCGCUGUCAUCAUUGUUGUUUGCUUCUGUUGUUGGAAGGAUGUUAACUAUUGUGAUUUCGAUCGACCACUAAAAGAUUAUUUCUGCACAAACUUCUGGAAUUUCCUAUUCUCUACUCAUUUCCUCUUUUCUUCUUUAUUGCUCUAUUUCUCUUCCUCUCUCUAUCUCUGUCUUUGUUUUUUCUUUCUUUCUUAUCCUAUAUUAUUUAAUUUCUAUAUUCGUUUAUACUAUCAUUUCUUGUUGCUCUCGUUUUUGUUCUUUCUUUCUUUAUUUUAUUUGUUUCUUUCUUUCUUUCUUUAUUUUCUUUCUUUCUUUCUUUCUUCCUUUCUUUUGUCUUUCUUUCUUUCUUUCUUUCAACUGCCGAACGUCCAACAAAGCUGUUCUUUCACAUUUUAUACUAACCCAUUCAACAAACGACUACCUUCACGAGCCAGCCUCUUUCUACAUGGCGUACAAUGCAAACACGCACGAGUGCAAGACGCCAACACAUUACCCUCACCCUAG